CUGCAUUCUCUCUCAAUCUCUCUUUUUUCUUCUCAAAAAGCUUACAAAACAUGUCGGACGAAGAGCACCACUUCGAGUCCAGCGACGCCGGAGCUUCCAAGACCUACCCUCAGCAGGCUGGUAACAUCCGUAAAGGUGGCCACAUCGUCAUCAAGGGCCGUCCCUGCAAGGUUGUUGAGGUUUCGACUUCAAAAACAGGCAAGCACGGUCACGCAAAGUGUCACUUUGUUGCUAUUGAUAUCUUUACUGCUAAGAAGCUCGAGGAUAUUGUUCCUUCUUCCCACAAUUGUGAUGUUCCACAUGUGAACCGUAUUGAUUACCAGCUGAUUGAUAUCUCUGAGGAUGGAUUUGUUAGCCUUUUGACCGACAGUGGUGGCACUAAGGAUGACCUCAAGCUUCCCACCGAUGACAAUCUUAGCGCUCUGAUGAAGAGUGGAUUCGAGGAAGGAAAAGAUGUUGUGGUGUCUGUUAUGUCUUCCAUGGGAGAGGAGCAGAUCUGUGCCGUCAAGGAAGUUGGUGGUGGCAAGUAAUCAAAGUGUCAUUCUCUUUACACACGAGAGGAUAAUCUUAUUAUUACCCCUUUUGUUAUAAGAACAAAAACAUGUUUUUUUCUUCCUUUUUCUCUAAUUUAGACCAUUUCUGUGUGUUACUUGUUGGAAGACGACCAUUAUCUAUUAUUGGUUUUGGAUUGUUUAAAAGUUUCGUGUUUUAAACAGAGAAUUUUCCCUCUGAGAUUCUUAUUCCCUUAUUAUUAUCAUUAUCUUGUUAUGCUUAUCACAAAGGUUGGUAAGUUUAAGCAACUUUGUUAU